GCGCGCGUGUGUAUCUCCAUGUACAGUGAAGGGUGUGUGCGCGUCUGACGACGUAUAUUCCCACCUCGUACGCAUCUCGCACGGUGGUUUUGGGUCCGGCCGGACCACGUGAGGCUCACGCGGCGCUCAUCGUAUAUGUAGGGGCCUGGCCUAAACCCUUCUCCCUCCUCUCCAGACACCAGCCCGCCCAGCACCAUGGCGAUGGCGUCCACCGGAGCCGUCCCCUGCUCGGUCCUCCUGCUGCUCCUCCUCUGCGCGUCCCCGCUCUGCCAGGUCGAGGGCGGGCGGCACAACAUCACGGACAUCCUCGCCGCCGCCAGCCCGGACUUCGCCCAGUUCAGCGCCGCCCUGGCCGCCGCGAACCUCAGCGCCGAGAUCGACGGGCGCAGCCCCGUCACCGUCCUCGCCGUCGACAACGCCGCUGUGGCGCGGCUCGCGGCGCGGGGGCUCCAGCCGGACGCCGUCGCGCGCGUGCUCUCCCUGCACGUCCUCCUCGACUACAUCAGCGACGCCAAGCUCCGCACCCUCCGCGGCGGGUUCACGCAGGCCGCUAGCCUCUACCAGGCCCACGGCCGCGCGCCGGGGGCCGCCGGCAUCGUGGACAUCAAGCGCGGCGCGGACGGGCACGUGUCGUUCCGCCCGGCGGAGGGGGUGAACGGGACCGCCGCCGUGUUCUACGUGAAGCCGGUCAAGGAGUCGCCCUGGGACAUCGUCGUGCUGCAGGUAAGCGACGCCAUCUCGUCCUCCGCCGCCGAGGCCAAGGCCCCCGCGCCGCCGGCCCCCGCUCCUGCCCCCAAGGCGCCCGCGCCUGCUCCUCGCGCGCCAGUCGCGGCGCCCGCACCUGCUACGGCACCGGCACCGGCCCCGGCGGCCCUGCCUCCGUCGCCAAAGAACCACACCGCGCCACCGCCGAAGCCGGCCGGCGAGCCCGUGCGUGCGCCAACACCCGUGGUGGAGACGCCGGCGGAAGAACCAUGGGGGGAAGAGGAGCAGCCCCCUGCCGACGCGCACAAGAGCGGCGCCAGCGACUCGGAGCCGUGGAGCCUCGGCGCGGUGGUGGCGGUGGCCGUGCCGGUCGUGGUGUUUCUGCUGUGGUGAGCAGUCUGUGCUUGGAAUGAAUGCCCGCUGUUAGUGGCGCUGGAUCCCGUGAUUAGUGCUCGCGCUUACCAGGAUGGAAACAGUGGUUAAUGAGCGUGUUGUACGACGAUGCUCAUGUUUAGUCAAGGAGUGCAUGGCUGUGUUUGAAUUGCUACUAGUAGUAGUAGUACUCGCGUUUAGCCAAUUGAUUGAGUAAUUUAUUUCUCCUUUGCAUGGACCAAGCUCUAGAUUUUCGGAUGAAUUACAAGAUGAAUCGAGCAGAUUCUGAUGAA